GGCUCUGCUGGUUCUCCUGGGAGUUGUGGUUCGGACCCGCCCCCCGGCCGUGGUCCCAGGGGGCUGCGGACUACGGGUCCCGGCAGGCCUCGCGUUGGCCCCUGAGCCCCUGGCGCCGGGGGCUUUGGGCAGCCUCAGCCAGUGGACUUCGGCGCUGCGCGGCACAGCUGAGCACCUGGCAGGUUGGCUGGCUCAGAGCAGGCUAGCUCGCGGGCUGGCCGUCGCACACACUGAGGCCGCAGCCGACCGACUGACAGACUCGGCGCUUCUCAGGCCCCCGGAGCCUAGGCGCAGAGCGGCCCGGACGCAAACUUCCGGGCAAGUGGAAGGGUCGACAGGGCCACCAGGCCCGGGGUCGGCAGCGGCGGGGGCCCGGGGCGGUUUCCCGAGAAAGGUGACGAACGACAGGGGCGGGACGGACCCGAGCGAGUGAGGAAGGGGUCACUUUCAGUGUGGGCGCCCGGCUCAGCCUGUCCAGCCCCGCCCCCCAGCAGGCCAGCUGCUGGAUCCAAGGCGCAGCGCUGGGCGCUGACGUCGGCUGAGCCGGGUCUGCCAGCCCUCCGGUUCCUACUCCGGCGGCCCUAGACCCUCGGAGCCCUGCAGGGUAGGAGGCAGGCCCUUCGGGCAGCUCUGGUGUCGUGAGCGUGGGCAGUGCAUGGGCGUGUAGACAAACCAGCGAGGCGCUGAUUGUGCGUCUUGGCAUCCCCCCCGCCGCCGCAGGGUCGGAUGGCUCAGGGCUUGAGCCGAAGGUUAAAGGCCAGCCCCCAAGUCUCCAGGCUUCAGGGCUGCAGCCCACCUGUAUGUAGGCGGGCAGGGGCGACUGGACAGCUAGAUAAGAGAGCUCUUGAGGGGCUCAGAUCUUGUCUGAUGCCACUUCAGAGAGGUUUUGCUUGUUUUUGAAUGUGUCUAGGGUGUUGGGGUGUGAAUAAUCCUGCCUCUCUUCUUCUGAGCUCAGAACCAAUAGAGAAAAUAAGUAAAGGUGCCAGACAGGCUCCUGGUGGGCCUCAGUGGGGCAGGGGUUGCAGGAGCGUUGCAGUGGAAGCACUGGCACACCAGGUCGUUCCUGGCGCGUCCUCUCCUCUUGCCUUUCCCUCUGGCCUGUUGCUCCAGGUGCAACAAGUAUCUGAAUGUCAUGCUCCAGUCCAAGACUGGCCCUGUGCAGUGGUUGGGUGGUGAUUGCCCUUGCCUGAGGGCUUCUGUUUGGGUCACCAGAAUUAGGGUGAUGGCUGCCUUCUACUUCCUUUAGGCCUUCUUCCAGCAGGUGACUGACAGGCCAGACUCCCUGGCCACUCAGGAUGUCCACCUCGGCCUCAGCCAGAGCUGCCACAUGACCCGAGCCUGUGAUUCGCCAAGUCUUGCCAGUUGACUGUGCCACAUGUGGUGCGGAUUUAAACACCGUCAUUAGACCAGCCAGAGGUGCCCAGAAAGGAGUGGCAGCCUCUGGUGGCCAGCAUCGGCACCCAAGUUGAUUCUUCUCAAUAAAGACAGUUUACCAACUUCCUAGCUAAAUGGGAUUUACUCUUUGCAGCUUUGUUAAGUUUUUUUCAUAAAAUAAUCAAAAUAGUGCAAAUAUUUUAUUUCUGUACGUCUAAACGUGUGCUUUAGAAAUACUUCUGCCUUCCAAAGAGAAACUAGUAAACCAAUAGAGCAGACCCAGGUGUCCACCCAUUUGGUUGAGAUGGUAAAUGCUAAAAGUGUAAGACUGCCUUUUAAAACCCAUUUUUCCCCAGACCUGCUGACUUUCUACCUGUUUGGUUUGCUGUGCUCUGUGUCAGCAUGGAUUCCAAUCUCCAACAGGAAAUCUUGGUGGCUGAGCAAACGUGUGACCUGAGAAACAGCAGCUAAGCAUUUGGGAUGCUGACAAGAGGCUGGUGUAUACACUAAGGUCUCCACCAUGGACCCAGACCCCCAAGCGGGCGUGCAGGUGGGCAUGCGCGUGGUGCGCGGCGUGGACUGGAAGUGGGGCCAGCAGGACGGCGGCGAGGGCGGCGUGGGCACGGUGGUGGAGCUCGGCCGCCACGGCAGCCCUUCGACCCCCGACCGCACAGUGGUCGUGCAGUGGGACCACGGCACCCGCACCAACUACCGCGCAGGCUACCAGGGCGCACACGACCUGCUGCUCUAUGACAACGCCCAAAUCGGUGUCCGCCACCCCAACAUCAUCUGCGACUGCUGCAAGAAGCACGGGCUGCGGGGCAUGCGCUGGAAAUGCCGUAUCUGCUUCGACUACGAUCUCUGCACGCAAUGCUACAUGCACAACAAGCACGACCUGGCCCACGCCUUCGAGCGCUACGAGACGGCCCACUCGCGCCCGGUCAUGCUGAGUCCCCGCCAGGGCCUCCCAAGGAUCCCGUUAAGGGGCAUCUUCCAGGGGGCGAAGGUGGUUCGGGGCCCCGACUGGGAGUGGGGCUCACAGGAUGGAGGAGAAGGGAAGCCAGGCCGAGUAGUGGACAUCCGUGGCUGGGACGUGGAGACAGGCCGGAGCGUGGCCAGUGUGACAUGGGCUGAUGGCACCACCAACGUGUAUCGUGUGGGCCACAAGGGCAAGGUGGACCUCAAGUGUGUGGGCGAGGCAGCUGGCGGCUUCUACUACAGGGAGCACCUCCCAAGGCUUGGCAAGCCUGCAGAGCUGCAGCGCAGGGUCAGUGCUGAUGGCCAGCCCUUCCAGCGUGGGGACAAGGUCAAGUGUCUGCUGGACACAGACGUGCUGAGGGAGAUGCAGGAAGGCCACGGCGGGUGGAACCCCCGGAUGGCCAAGACGGGCACCGUGCACCGCAUCACAGACCGUGGGGACGUGCGUGUGCAGUUCAGCCACGAGACCCGCUGGACCUUCCAUCCUGGGGCUCUCACCAAGCAAAACUCCUGCUUGGUGGGUGAGGUGGUGCGGGUUAUCGACGACCUUGACACGGUGAAGCGGCUGCAGGCUGGCCAUGGGGAGUGGACCGAUGACAUGGCUCCUGCUCUGGGCCGCAUUGGGAGAGUGCUGAAGGUUUUUGGAGACGGGAACGUGGGUGUGCUGGUCAGUGGAAAGCUGUGGACCUUCAGCCCCUCCUGCCUGGUGGCCUACCGGCCUGAGGAAGAUGCCAACCUGGACGUAGCUGGGCGAGCCCGGGAGAACAAAAGCUCCCUGAGUGUUGUCCUGGACAAGCUUCGAGCCCAGAAGAGUGACCUGGAGCACCCAGGGAGGUUGGUGGUGGAGGUGGCUCUGGGCAACAUGGCCCGGGCUCUGGACCUGCUGCGGCGGCACCCGGAACAGGUGGACACCAAGAAUCAGGGCAGGACUGCCCUGCAGAUGGCUGCCUACCUAGGCCAGGUGGAGCUGGUGCGGCUGCUACUGCAGGCUCAGGCGGGCGUUGACCUGCCAGAUGACGAGGGCAACACGGCACUGCACUACGCCGCCCUGGGGAACCAGCCCGAGGCUGCCCAGGUGCUCUUGAGCUCGGGUUGUGGGGCCAAUGCUCUGAACAGCACUCGGAGCUCAGCACUGCAUGUGGCCGUGCAGAGGGGCUUCCUGGAGGUGGUGAAGGUCCUCUGUGAGCGUGGCUGUGACGUCAACCUGCCUGAUGCCCAUGCUGACACACCCCUGCACUGCGCCAUCUCGGCGGGCACUGGUGCCAGCGGCAUUGUGGAGGUCCUCACCGAGGUGCCAGGCAUCGACGUCACUGCCACCAACAGCCAGGGCUUCACCCUGCUGCACCAUGCAUCCCUCAAAGGCCACACACUAGCUGUCAGGAGGAUUCUGGCGCGGGCCCGGCAGCUGGUGGACGCCAAGAAGGAGGAUGGGUUCACGGCACUGCACCUGGCCGCCUUCAACAACCACGGGGAGGUGGCACAGGUUCUCAUCCAAGAGGGCCACUGUGAUGUGAACGCUCGCAACCGUAAGCUGCAAUCCCCGCUGCACCUGGCUGUGCAGCAGGCCCACGUGGGGCUGGUGCCACUGCUGGUGGACGCUGGCUGCAGCGUCAACGCCGAGGACGAGGAGGGGGACACGGCUCUGCACGUGGCCCUGCAGCGCCACCAGCUGCUGCCUCUGGUAGCUGAUGGGGGUGCAGGGGACCCGGGUCCCCUGCAGUUGCUGUCCAGGCUACAGGCCUCGGGCCUUCCAGGCAGUGCGGAGCUGACGGCGGGCACGGCGAUAGCCUACUUCUUAGCGCUGGAGGGCGCUGACCUGAGCUACGCCAACCAUCGCGGCCGGAGCCCCCUGGACCUGGCUGCCGAGGGUCGCCUGCUCAAAGCCCUGCAGGGCUGUGCUCAGCGCUUCCGGGAGCGGCAGGCUUGCGGCGGUGGCAGCGGGGGCUCGGCCCAGGGCCCAAGACUGGUGCUCAGUGCUCCGAACACUGUGACCAACCUGCAUGUGGCCGCGCCGACGGGGCCUGAGGCCGCUGAGUGCCUAGUGUGCUCAGAGCUGGCGCUGCUGGUGCUGUUCUCGCCCUGCCAGCAUCGCACAGUGUGUGAGGGUGAGUGCGGGGUGGGGAGGGGGCGCGGCAGCCAGGCUGGACGGCCCCUCACUCAACCGUGCCCUCCCCCCCGCAGAGUGCGCGCGCAGGAUGAAGAAAUGCAUCAGGUGCCAGGUGGUCAUCAGCAAGAAGCUGCGCCCAGACGGCACGGAGGUGGUCAGCGCGGCCCCCGCGCCCGGCCCACCGAGGCAGUUGGUGGAGGAGCUGCAGAGCCGCUACCGGCAGAUGGAGGAGCGCAUCACCUGCCCGAUUUGCAUCGACAGCCACAUCCGCCUCGUGUUCCAGUGCGGCCACGGCGCGUGCGCGCCCUGUGGCGCAGCGCUCAGCGCCUGCCCCAUCUGCCGCCAGCCCAUCCGCGAUCGCAUCCAGAUCUUCGUGUAGCCGGCGCGCCCCCCCCCCCCCGCCCCUUUCCGGGGCCAUGCCCUGCAGCCGCCCUCGCAAGCCCUUUCUCUGUGUUUUAUAAAAAGAUUGCUGGACUUUGUGCCUGGUUGCCUGUCUGGGGCGGGGCCGUGCAGGUCCCCCAACCGGGGACCGUUCUGACUGCACCCCUUACACCGUUGGCCCAGCGCUGGGUUCUGCGCUUUGGCCAGAGGCCUUACAGGGCCUCUUUCCGAUCCGUAUUCUGCCCUUCUUCCCAGGACUCACGGGUCCAGAGUGCUGCCCGCACCCUGGCCAGAAAGAACGGGGCCCGUGCUUGUGGUGUCGUCCGGGGGUACUGAGUGGACCGAAACCCC